AUGGAGGACACUGAGGCUCAACUGAAGGGUGGGGCUAAGAGGGUUACCAUCUCUGUCUCUUCUGCUGAUGCCCGCCUAUUUGUGAUGGGCAUGAACCAUAAGAAGUAUGACAACUCUCUCAAGAUCAUCAGCAAUGCCUCCUGCACCACCAACUGCUUGGCGCCUCUGACCAAGGUCAUCCAUGACAACUCUGGCAUCAUAAAGGAACCCAUGACCCCAGUCCGAGCCAUCAAUGUCACCCAUAAGACUGUGGAUGGUCCCUCCAGGAAGCUGUGGUAUGACGUCCAAGGGGUUGCCCAGAACAUCAUUCCUGCUUCUAAUGGUGCUGCCAAGGCUGGAGUGAAGGUCAUCUCUGAACUGAAUGGGAAGCUCACUGGCAUGGCCCUCCAUGUCCCACCCUCAUCAUAUGGUGAAGCAAGGAUUGGAGGACCCCCUCAAGGGAUCCUGAGCUACACGGAGGACCAGGCCUCCUAUAACUUUAACAGUGACACCCACGCUUCCACUGACAUUACUUUCAGUGACUACUUUGUCAAGCUCAUUUCCCAGUAUGAUAAUGAAUUUGACUACAGCAACCAGGUGCUGGAUCUUGAACCACCAGCCCCAGUGAGAGCAAGAAGAAGAGAGAAGCCCUCCACUGCUGGGGAGUUCUUGCCCCAAUUUAUCCCCUAA